UCCACCGCCCCUCUCCAACCUCCGAUCCGAUGGCUUCCUCCCAGCCGGCCCCGUCGACGGCGCCGUCGCUGGUGGACACCCUCUUCCAGCUCUCCCUCGACGACCUCGUCAAGUCCCUCCGCGCCGACCAAUCCGCCGCCGGCGAGUCGUCCGCCGUCGCCCGCGCGCUCUCCGCGAUCCACCGCGAGAUCCGCGCCCCGGACGCGGCCACCAAGGCCACCGCGCUCCAGAAGCUCACCUACCUCUCCUCCCUCCACUUCGCCCCCGUCGCCUCCCACCCGCUCGCCUUCCCCGCCAUCGAGCUCCUCGCCUCGCCGCACCUCCCGCACAAGCGCCUCGCCUACCUCGCCGCCUCCCUCUCUCUCUCCCCGGCCUCGCUCUCCCUCCUCCCGCUCGCCACCCACCAGCUCCACAAGGACCUCUCCCCUUCCACCGCCGCCCCCGCCGCCCGCCACCUAUCCGCCCUCGCGCUGCACCUCCUCGCCUCCCCCGCCGCGGCCGCCGCGCCCGACCUCGCCGCCCACCUCGCGCACGACCUAGUGCCCCACCUCUCCCGCGGCAGCCCGCGCGCCGUCGCCGCCGCCGCGCGCGUCAUAGCCGCCUCCCCGUCCGCGGGCGUGCCGGUCCUCUUCAAGCCACUGGCCGCAUGUCUCGCUUCGCCGGACCCGCGGACCUCUACCGCCGCCGCAUCCGCCUUCUGCGAGCUGUCGGCGCCGCCAGCCGACGCGGCCCCGUUCCUGCCGCUCGCGCCCGACCUCUACAAUCUGCUAACCACUUCCCGCUCCAACUGGGCGCUCAUCAAAGUGCUCAAGAUCUUCGCUAGGCUGGCUCCUCUCGAGCCGCGCCUCGCCGCGCGGAUUGUUGACCCGGUGUGCCAGCUCCUCGCACGCUCUUCGGCCAUGUCCCUCACGUUCGAGUGCGUCCGCACCGUGCUAACUGCCCUACCGGCGCACGAUGCCGCUGUGAGCCUCGCCAUUGGGAAACUCAAGGAGUUCCUUGCUGCUUCUGACGAUCCCAACCUGCGGUAUCUUGGCCUCUUGGCGCUCGGUAUGCUGGGCCCGGCGUAUGCAUCGACUGUCAACGAGAGCCGUGAUGUGAUCGCCCUCUCACUGGGUGAUGCCGACUUGAACAUCCGCAGGGAGGCAUUGCGCCUGAUGAUGGGGAUGCUUGAUGACAACAAUGUCAUGGAUAUUGCUGGCAUGCUGGUCGCUCAUGCCGCGCGGUCAGACCCAGAGUUUGCGAAUGACACACUUGGGGCUGUCCUGGCAGCAUGUGGCCGCAAUGUGUAUGAACUGGUCUCGGAUUUCGACUGGUAUGUCUCGCUGCUUGCAGAUAUGGCUAGGAGCCUGCACUGUCUGCAGGGAGAUGAGAUUGGUCGCCAGCUUGUUGAUGUGGGGCUUCGGGUGCAGGAUGCACGUCCAGAGCUUGUCCAGUCUGCUCGGUCUCUCCUAAUUGACCCUGCUUUGCUCGGCAACAACCUUCUUUUCCCUGUUCUUUCUGCUGCUGCAUUCGUCUCCGGUGAGUAUAUACAUUGCAGCAAGGAUCCUGUUGAGCUUGUUGAGGCACUAUUGCAGCCGAGGACUAGCCUCCUGCCCAUGUCAGUCAGAGCCGUCUACAUCCAGGCAGUGCUUAAAGUGAUCACCUUUUGUUGCAAUUUAUAUAUCGAGAGGUUGAAUGAUUCAAACAAGGAAUUGGAUCUUGUGUUUGAUGAGUUAGCUGUUGAUCAAGAUGUUAGCAGGGAAAGUGAAGCUGAAAUUACACCUGCAGAAGCUGAUCAAAUUGUUAUGCCAAGCACAACGGAGAAGGAUCCUUCUUCGCACAAAUCAAUAGUUUACAUGAUUAACUUGAUUGAAAUGACAGUCGGGCCACUUGUUCAGUGCAAGGAAGUUGAGGUCCUCGAGAGGGCACGCAACCUGAUGGGUUUUAUCCAUUUGCUACGUGAGAUUCAGGAGUUAAAGGAAAGGAAGGUUAGUGAUCAGAAGAAAACUAACCGGGUCAAGGAGCUGGUUAAGAGCAUGCAAACAGUAUUCGCUCAAGAAUUAAGCCCUGUUUAUGUGAAUGCACAGAAGAAAAUUUCCCUUCCUGAGGAUCUUGUUUUGAAUGAAAAUCUUGCCCAACUUGCUGACAUUGUAAGUGAAGAUGAUGCCCCUCCAUCAACUUCAAUCCUUUUCUGCUCUCGCAGCAAUCCUUCUGCAGAGACUAGAGAUGAGCCUGCGGUGUCAGUUGGUUCAUCUUCUCUACUUGUUGAGCACCGUAAACGGCAUGGGAUGUACUAUCUCCCAACGGGAAAAGAUGAGGUUGAUACGGAUAAUUACCCUCAUGCGAAUGAUCCUCUGCUAUCUUCUGACAACGGAAGUAUGGUAAAGGAUAGAUCAGAGACUGUGCAGCCUGUAUCUGCUGGGAAAAAGUUGAAAGGCACGAGGUCCAGACCAAAAGUAGUGAAACUGGAUGGCGAGGAUUUCCUAAGUGCUAUGAUGUCUACUGUAAAUGUUCCAAAGGAAACAUUGUCUGGUACUGUCGGUAGUGUGCUCGUGGGUAGAAAUGCCGAGUCAUUACCUUCACUGAAGGCUUCAGAUAAUUCCUCUGAAAGAAUGGGAAACAAAUUGGACCCUGGGGAAUCUAGUUCCCAGCAGACACAGAACAUAAAUGCUGAUAUUGGAAGUUCUUGGAAAACUAAGCAUCAGGAUUAUGAUAAAGAGAAGAGUACAAUCCUUCCUGAUAGUGAUGGGAAAGAUGCAAGAAAGCCUAAAACGUCCAGCACGAGUGGGCAUCGUCAAGGAAGACAUAAGCAAAGAGAAAGAUCUAGUACCCAGCCAGAUGUUACACCUCAAGCACCCGUAAUUCAAGAUUUUCUUCUAUAGCUCCUAAGAUAUUUCUUGUUUUGUACAUUAUUACUAUUAAAAAAAUACACUUUGUUGUUUUUCUAAAUAGAAGUAGUUUCUUACAAUGCGGAAAGUGUCAAAAUUCAGAGGAAGAAUCAAUAAAAUAUACUGAAGCUUGUGGAAGAAUGCAAGGGUAGGCCCUUUUGCUGAACUUAAAGCAAUCAAAGCAAAAUAUACUGAACGUUGGUA